AUGGAAGUAGCACCGGCCAUUUCCCGACCCAGCUGUCGUGGAUUGGACUGCGCCGUCGGUGCAAUCAGAUCUCCAGCCUUCGAAGCCGCCAGGAUAAAGGCUGUGCUCCCGCACAAACUUCGCUGGGCAUCAUCCGCACUGUGCAUACCCUUGGCCUUGAAUCGCAUCAGACGGUGGAGGCAGCAGCCCCCAGCGCGCAUCCGCAGCUCUGCAGCGCAGGUGCCGCUGGAGAAGCAUCUCUGGGAAGCAGGCAAUUCCUACGAACUGCUGGAGGUGCCUGUUCGCGGAGGAGAUCACACAGUCAAGCUGAAGCAGUAUGCAGAGCAAGGCAGAUCCGGUGGGGCAGCUGUUCUCGUCCUUCACGACGGACCUGGACUGCCUUCCCGGUAUCUGGAGCCUCUAGCGGCGAGACUCUGCACUGGCAGACAUUGCUUCAUGUACGAUCAAUUGGGCUGCGGUGCCUCUGCAACUGAUCCGACUCUCGAAGAGGAGGACGGGAUCCACAAUGCUGUGGCGGAUCUCUGCGAUGUGCUCUCGUUCCUUCGUGGAUUUGGGCAGGACGAAAUCCAUGUCCUGGCGCACGGAUAUGGAGGUGCUCUCAUCAUGGAGGCUCUUGUCCGAGAUCGACUGUGGAGCGAUCCAGACAGCACGCUACCGAAGUUGAAGUCGGUCUGCUUGAUUGGCGUGGCCAGCAGCACCGCAGGGGCAGACGCCGAGGCCCGGUCUCUGAUGGAAGCCUGUGUCACAGACAUUGGAGACUCAGAUGCAGCAAAGUCCUUCUGGUAUCGCCACGUUUGUGCACUGAAGCCGCAGCCGCAGUGCCUGGCUGAGGCUUACAAGUCGAGCUUCGGCCAGCGAUGGGGACCUCUGCGUGGCUGGGACUGGAAGCUGGAAAGCCCCGACGGGACACUGGUGGGACGUUGGGCCCUUCGGGGCAAAGGCGCCAUUCCAGAUUGGAGUUUGACGCGGGCAGAGGUCGAAGCUCUCUACACCAAAGACAAGGCCGGCUUGCCUCCAAUUCUCUGCUUGAGAGGGCAGCACGACUUCGUGACAAAGGACUGUUUGGAUGCGUGGCGUGGUGUCGAAGACGCCCGUGGCAUAGCCAGUGGCUUCUUCACGGAGCACGAAUUGGGCGGCUGCGGCCACCAUGCGCACCUGGAAGCUCCGGACUCCGUGGCUGCCACGCUGCGUCUUUGGUUACUUGAUGUGGAGGAUGGCGGCUUGUUCCGCAGCGAUGUGCCGAAGCCUCCUCCAGAGCAGUGUGCGGUGAGAGCACACUGUCGACCCCUUUGGCGCGAGGAGGCAAGGCGUGCUCUGGCAGACUGGGCCUCGCAGAUGUGCUGGGAAUCGGCACGGCAAGCACCAGACAGGCCCGGGGCCUGGCGCUCUGUGGGCCAAGGCCUCCCUCAUCGAGAUGCCUUCGCACCAUCACGCACUGCCCGGCGACUGGCGGAGUGGGCUUGGGAGCUGCCAACAGAAGAGUCCCGUGCCACGGCCAAGUCCGACAUGUUCGAAGUCUCGACCAUUGGCUCGCUCUUGGAGGAUCCACCGGGUCCGCUUGCAGAUGCAGCCAGACUGGCUUUGGCUGUCCUCGGUGAUGAGGACUGA